AUGGAGAAAGCCUUCGCCGAAGCAAUCGAAACGGCUGUCACCACGGCUGUCGAAAAAGCCAUUCCUGCCGCCAUCAGCAAAGCUUUCAAAGAAGAAGUGAAGAAACAAGUCGAAGCAGAGAUCGAAGAAGCCAUGAACAAGAAAAUUACCAGAGCCUCCAAGAAAGCAGAACUCAAGACCGAAAUCCACGCGACAUGGGCUUUAAUUUCAGAUCGUAACUGCGUCAUCGAAUACAUGCCCAAUUCAAUCCUCGUUGGUUGGCUUCGGGGAAAGAACGAGAUGGAUCUUGCCAGUGUUAGAUGCUAUGAAUCACAACUUCGUGCGAUGGUCAAGGAGGAUCAAAAGGAAGAAGCAAAGAAGAAGACAAACGAGGAACAACAGGACCGUAUCUAG